GGGCAGGACCUACUGAGCGGACUUUAACGUCCACACCAAUUCUGCGUGUCAGCGAACAAAAGGCGAGCUCGACAUCUUGCAAUGAUUUGUAUACUACUGGUGGCUGGCCACGGUACCCUUUUAGAGACACAAAUAAAGAAUGACAGUACAGGCUUGUAUAGUCAGCUGACAGGAGUCCCAAAGGCCUUGCUUCCAGGAAUAGGAGGAAAAAAAAUAUUGGACUUUUGGUGGGAAACAGUCAACACGCGACAGUUGUUUACUGAAGUCUACCUGGUCACCAAUGCAGACAAGUAUAAGCACUAUGAGCGCUGGGCGACAGCUAAUGACUUUCCGGUGGAAAAUGUGGUAAAUGAUGGGAGCACCACCUUAGAUGACCGUCUGGGAGCCGUGGCGGACUUGGAACUUGCCAUACGCAGUCGCAAGUUGAACGACAACAUCAUGGUGAUUGCAGGGGAUAUGCUUUGUGCAGACCAAAAUUUUGACAUUGCUCAAGUUAUUCGCUUCUUCAAGUCAAAGCCUGGAGAGCUGGCCAUAUACUAUGAACUGGAGGAGGGGGAGGAAAGCAGCUCAAGGGGUAUUGUGGAGGUCUGUCCUGACACCCACAGGGUAACACGCUUCUUGGAGAAGCCCCAGAACGGUUUGACUGAGUCCCGACUGGCCAGCGUCGUGUUCUACUGUUUGCGUAGCAACACACUACCCUGCAUUUCUGAAUUCCUAAAUCUGCAGCUGCAAGCCGAGGACAGGUCCUUUGGACAAUUCUGGGAGUGGCUUAUCAAUGAAAAGCAUCUUCAAGUCUUUGGGAUGAAGCUGCCCACAGGCUUCCAACUCAUCGGACAGGUGGGAUUUUCAGAUUACACCAAGUGGCUUAGUCACUACUCUGCCAAGCAAAGAGACAAGCCUAACAACACAUUCACAUGCCGGUCAUAUGCCAGGGUUGGAUUGAUGGGGAACCCCUCUGAUGGAUUCAAUGGAAAAACCAUUGCUAUGACCAUCUCUAACUUCUGGGCAGAAGUUACCUUGGUGGAGAGCCAGGCUUUGGUUUUAUUGCCUCACCCACUGAAUGACCCCACAGAGUUUGGAAGCUUGCAAGAUCUGUUUUGUAUCAGCAGAAAAGAAGGGUACUUAGGAGGUCUGCGGUUACUUCAGGCUACCUGUAAGAAGUUCUACCAAUUCUGCUCUAAACAAGGUAUUGCUCUGACAAAGCAGAACUUCACGCUGAAGUAUGACACCAACAUUCCUCGGCAAGUGGGCCUUGCUGGAAGCAGUGCAAUUGUCUCAGCUACCCUGAAGUGUCUUAUGAAAUUCUAUAACAUCACAGACAGUGACCUCCCUAAGGCCAUCCGAGCCAACUUCAUCCUCAAUGUGGAGACUGAUGAGUUGUUCAUCACAGCUGGCCUUCAAGACAGAGUUGUUCAGGUGUAUGAAGGCUUGGUCUACAUGGAUUUCAGCAAGGCGCUCAUGGAAGAUCGAGGCUAUGGAGAGUACGUCUCUUUGGACAUGAGCAGUCUCCCCACAUUCUGGCUAGGUUAUCUGAGUGACCCCAGUGACUCUGGACGUAUUCAUAGCAAUGUCCGACAACGCUGGCUUAAUGGGGAGCCCGUGGUUGUUGAUGCCAUGAAAUCUUUCGCUGAGCUCACAGAUCAAGCCAGAACAGCUCUGCAAGACAAAGACUGGAACAAGUUGGCACAACUGAUGGACCAGAACUUUGAGCUGCGAAGGUCUGUCUACACUGACGAAUGUCUGGGACCUGGGAAUCUUAAAAUGGUUCAGUUGGCAAGGCAGUUUGGCUCAGCAGUGAAGUUACCAGGCAGCGGUGGGGCAGUGGUAGGCCUGUGUCUGGACCAAGCAAGACUAGUGGAGAUGAGACAAGCCUUCCAGGAGGCAGGCUGUGUCUUCUGUGUCAUUGUGCCUUACAGUCCGUCUGCCAGCACCAGCAGUGGUCAAGACUAACUCUACCAACGCCUCCUAGUAUUUAAUCAUGACUGAAUCAGUCUACUUUAUAGUCUAUAAUGUAUUAAAGGAUGGAAAACCCAAUUGUAUUUCCUCAUAUGAAGCGCUGGCCAAUUGUGAAUGUUAGAUAUAGGCUAAUGAAAAUGUAAUUAUCUACGUAUGACGGAUUUUGUUUUUUUGUACAUAAAUUAAAGGUAAUUUUUCAGCAUUUGUAUGGUGUUCUGUGUUUUGACGCGCUGUGACCAGGUGAUCCGUUCAC